CCUCAAUAACUGACUACAAACUCUUUUUUCAAAGAAAAACAAGCAUUAAAAAAACCAAAAAAAGCAUUAAAAAAUAGCAGGUUUUUGACGACGAUGCCAAUUUUAAGAGAAAGAAGUCGGAGAAUGAGGCCCACCGGCCAUUAACGAAAUCCCUUCUCCUCCUUCUCGUCGUCGCCAACAGCUUAUAGUGUUGCUUCUCCUCCUCCUUGUCAUCCUAAUUCAAUGCAAAUUGUUAGACUGUAAAUAAUUGGCCCGCAAGAGACCCCAACACGGUGAGCGUUUAAGAAACACGCUCCUUAACAGAGCGUGGACUAGUUUCCAAAGUCAGGCACACCUUGGGUAACUAUAACAUAGAAAACACAAACUCAAGAACAUUAUGGUCGCUCUAAACUUUCGAGUCUCUUGUAUGAAAACUCAAGCGAAAAAGACGAUAAACCCUACACCAACCUCAAGCCUGCCUUGCAUGACACGUGUCACCACACACACCCUCGCCAUGGAUUAUUUUUUUAGUUUUUUUUUUCCUUUAUAAGCUGAAACUCCGUCUGCAAGCGACUCAAUCUUUGCAUCUCUCUCUGUUUCAAUUCUUCAACUCCUUUUCUUCAAUGGAGGAAAUUUAGAGAUUUGAAUAAUAGAGCUUUCUUUUUUUUUUUAUUUCUUCUUUCUUCUUUAAUUAUCAGAGAAAGAGAGAUUCUGGGUAACAAUGGAACAGAGCUGUGACAGCCGUGUCACUGGCGAUGAGAUUGAGGUUGCCAAUAUCUUGUUGGAGCUGCCCCAUCUAAUCUUCGAAUCUGAGUCACACCCUCGAUUUUCUUUCACUUGGGGCGCCAAGAGGAAGAGAUCUACUGCCACAUCUUCGCCUGCUCUGAAAUUAUCACCAUCACCAGCGCCGUCACUUCCCUCUAACAUCAUUGGCUCUAGCAGUGAGACCGAGGCACCCAUGGAGAAGGUCCUGACUUCAAGUCCCGCUUCCCCUCUUUCCUUUGCUCCAAGUGAAUCUGAUGAGAAGCCUCUGCCUUCCAAGAAAAAAGCCUCUGUUAAUAGUCUAAAAAAUAAGAAAGAACAAUUGUUAGAGAUGAUGAAGGACUUUACUCGGCACAAUGAAUUAAUGAAAAAGGAUAUAGAGAACAAGAAGCGGUUUCUUGAUCAGCAGAAAGCUGAGAACAUGGAGUUGAAAGCAAAGAAACAAAAGUUAACCAAGAGUCUUCGCAUAGCAGAGGAGCCACGUUUGGAAACAAGUAAAAGCUUGAAUGUUGAGAUACCAUUAACCCACAUUUCCGUGGAGACCGAAAAUAGUGCUGUUCAAGAUUAUCAUCAUCAACAGAGAAUUUCUACUAGGGUGUAUCAACAACCCUUCAUCAUGGAUCAGACGGUUUACAAAUCAGAAAUGAACAAGGAUUCUCAAUACCCAUUUGGUCGAACGAUUUCCUGGUUACCAUCAAACAAUGGAGGAUUAAGCAAGCUGCAUGAUAAUGUAUGCCCACUUGAUCUCAACGUUUCUGCAGAGGAAGCUCUCUGCUUUAGCUCUGUAAAAUCCAUUGAUCUGGAUACAGCAACCAAGGCUAGAGCUGCACAAGGAAGGUUAAAAAGGAUGCAGAUUUGCCGGUCCAAGAAUGACAAUGCUGCGUGUAAAGCUCGUUACCUUUUUAGAUGAUUUUGGCUUUUCUCUUUUCUUUCAUUUUUUUUCCUUUUUACCGUGGAAUUAACGUAGGCAAUUGACUUUGUGGUAUCAAAAUUGUAAAUUAGAAUAGUUUUACCAUAGGUUUUGUCGGAUUAUAGUAUAAUAUCAAUGGAAGAAUUUUUA